CCGCCCCCCCUCCGAUCCCCCGCCAUUCCCUUCCCCCCAGCGAGGAGAACCCUAGCGCCUCCGAGCUCCUCCGCCGCCAGCCCCGUCCCCGGCAUCCCUCCCCUCUCCUCCUCUCCCCCGCCCGCGGACGAUCGUCUCUACCCCCGAAGGCGACGGCGCGCGCACGGAGGUCGUAAUUUCAGGGGUAAAUUCAAACAACAGGGUAGUCUCAGCACUCUUGGGUGAAGCUGCCGCUGCAAAAAGUUGAAGCAAGCCAGUAGAGAUGACAUCAGAAGGGAAUAAAGCUGCUGCGCCUAAUGAACCGCUGCCCAUUGAGCCACUUGCAAGCUCUGGUGCAAAGCGUAAGCGUGGCCGCCCAAGGAAGUACGAGUAUUCUACAUAUGAACAACCUCACAUGGCACAGCCCAUUCAGAGCAUUCCACCUCUUCGCAGCGCACUGUAUAACCCAAAUAUCCGACAUGAUGGGCUGCAUAUUAACCAUACAUUAGGUGGUACUCUUGACACUAAAAUGCAUACAGUUUAUGUUCUGCCUGCACAGCAGACUCAAGGUGAUAGGCCCAGUCGACCUGUAGAGUCUGGUAGUACAGUCAAGUUUCGUGAAAAUCAAGUCUCCAGCAGUAGUAGUGCUCAUGUGCAAGGUAAUUUAGGCAAGGAUGUUAUCAUUGGCAAGCAUUUUGUUGGAAAGAUGACCAAGCAAUGUCCUGGGUUUUCUCUUAUUACGGUGAGACUGAAGGACAAUCAGGUGCUCAGAGGUUGGAUCCCGGAUGAAACUAACCUACGCCCAAUAACACCAAAGGAUGAUCUUGCCCCUGACCUUCCCAUGCUCCAACCAAGUAAACUUCAAAAGAAAGCAUCUGCAAUCCACAGACAAGCUGCUCCUCCCUUACCAGUCCACUUAGAGAACGUUACAAUUGCAAAGCCUCUUCAGAUGAGGAGGCCUGUGGAGACAUCUACUGCUAAGCACAUCAUCCCUCCUGCUCCAAGACCUUACGUUGGUUCUGGGGUUGUUGCAGCAGCACCUGUUUCGGUUAUAUCUGGGAAUGUAUCAAGGCCUUUGCCCAAGCAAGACACUGGAUCUUUGAGCCAAGAACCAUCAGCUACUGUGGUGCCAGUCACAGUUAAACCUGCUCAGCCUGUAUUAGUAUCAUGCAGACACGUGGAUCAAGAUGUGCAUGUUGAAGGAAAAUCUGUCCCUGAGUUUAACAGUGAUUCUGAAUCUUCAAGUGGAAGCAAGGAGUCAUCAGGCCAAACUCCGCGUGGUUUUCCAGCUGCCAUGGAUGAGACUGAGAUAACAUCAGGCUCCAAAGAACACUCAAAUACUGCUAAUAGCGACCAACAUAUUUUUAAGGAACCAUCAGAUAACUCAGAACAGUCUGAUGAACCAAAGACAGAGACUAGCAUCCUGAAAGGAGUUGAUGGCUCAAUGAUAGAGGCCUCAGGAACUGCACCAGCGGCAGAGGCCUCAAGUGCAAACCCUAAUCCCCUAGAUGAUGUUCAAUCUGCCGUGAAGGAAGAUGAACUGAAGGUUGACAGCAAAGAAAGCAGGCUGACAACGACGACAUAAAUCCUGUUGUUUGGUUUAUGCUGUUUCGGCCAGGCUUACAAGAAUCUCAACGUAAAGUGGGGUCUUUCUGUGGAUGGUCGAACCCUAGAGCAGACUAGCAUUAUUCAUUUUUUAUUCUUCUCUGACUUUAUAUGUUGAAGGUUCAGAGGAGAAACAAAUUCAUAGAAUAUUUUUGACCUUGCAGCUAGUGCUUAUGGCAAUGAGUAGAACGGAAAAAAAUGCAUAUACAUUUUAGCCUUUUAGGAAGAUGACGAAUAUAUACAAGCGUCUGGAUGGUAAGUGGGUCCUCUGCAUUUCUUUCUUAAAAUGCAGAGGCGCUACUGAGCUUGCA